CAACCGUAAUAGUCCCCUGGUACAGAACAUCUGCCGUCUCAACUGUCACCGCAGGCGGCGGCGCCGCCACCACCACCACCGGCGUUGCUACCACCACCGCCGCCACUGCCGCUGGCGUCGCCGUCUCCGCCACCAUCGGCAUAGCCGUCUCCACCACCACAUGCGUCGUAGGAAGCCUAACCAGUGAAUUCAGCUGGUCUUGCCAUCAGCCGCCGCCAUAUCCGACGUCUUCACUGCCGCCUCAUCCAACACCACCAUGUCUCACCUCCGUGAACAGUGCGACCUCUGGCACCGACGCUUACACUACCAUCAUAGAUGUCAGAUCUAAUUUUGAAUCUGGUAUGAAUACUAUCCAAUUGUCAUCUUACAGUUUUAAUGUCAUCUUAAUGGUAAUAUUGCCAUCCUG